AUGGAUGACAACAUCAGCUUCCAUAAGGAGAAGUCGUUCCGGAGGGGCGCUUCGUACGUGGUGACCAUGGUCGCCGAGUUUGACGAGUACACCAACGACUGGCUUUACCUUCACGAAGGCACUGUUCUUCCAAAGCCAUCCUGUUGGAAGAGGAAAUCGUCCGAUUCCGUCGAGUUCUCGGUCUGGCCAAAUGUUUCUGUUAGGGGAGGUGAGCACCCUGGUUCAUCCAGUGAAGCACCAGCAAUGUUGGUUCCGACUUUGGUUCCGGCGAGAUCCGUCAGGGAGGCCAUACAAGAGGUCAAAAUGGUCCAGAUAUGGGAAAAUGUUAUGAAGUCAUGUGAGCAAAGGGGCAGGGACCUACUGAAUUUGAAUGUCAUAACCAGUGUUGACCUGACCGAGUGGCUAAGAACAAAAGACAGUGGCAACGAGACGAUAAACCUGGGACUGUCUUCUUAUGAUAUGUUGUGCACCGUCCUCCACUCGAUCAAGGCUGGUUCCACAGGGCUACUUCUCGGCAACGGCGUGGAGGUCGAUCAGCAGAACCGGCCGCGGGACCUGCUGCUGGACUGGUUCUUCCACCCCGUGCUGGUGCUCAAGGAUCAAAUGCAGGUGCUGAAGAUGACUGAGCAGGAAGUGAGGUUCCUGGAGAGGUCGACUCUUUUCGUCGGCAGUAGUUCUGCUACUGCUGGUGCAGACGUGUGGGAUAACGGCGCCGAGACACCCCGUGAUCCCGUGAGGAUGGCGCAGAUCCAGGCGAUCAGUAAAAGGAUGGUGGGGAUAGUGAGGAGCAUGUCCAAGUUCCCGACGUACCGGAGGCGGUACCGGCAUGUGGUGAAGCUGAUGGUGGCCUACUCGGUGGAGCGGGAAGGGUCGUUCGGAUCGUCGGCGUCGGGUCCAUCCGCCUCCUUCGAAAUCACACGGCGUCGGGUUGUUUGGCUGAGACACUUUCAGACUUUUAAGGAGAAGUAUAGCGCCCUUAAUCAAAACACUGGUGUUAACAGAAGUCUUACUGAGAUGAUAAGGAAGUACCACUACCCUGGGCAGAGAAUGGCUAAAAUAACCUGCCUGUAUGAUCCAACUGUGAUGGAGUUAAUGUGGGGCAUACAGAUUUGCAUGCCAAUUUUGUUCCCCGAAGAAGAUGCUUAUCUGACUGAAGAUGACUGUGUCCCGAUAAGUCAGGGACUGCAAAAUGUCUUGAGUCGUUAUGACUGUAAUUAUGUCAACUCAGAGAUGGUCAAUGAGCGAAUUGUUACGAUGGCUUACAUCUUGCAUGAGUGUGACACUUUUGAGAAAGAGAAGUCCAGAGAUUUGCACCGUGCAGCUGCUGUCAUCAAGAAUGUGUCAGGCAUCGACACCGAGGGCUGGGGCUUAUGGAAAAUAGCAACAGCUGUGAUGAAGAUAUGGUGCGUUGAGGAAGCUCACAAUUCCUGUGAGAUUUCAGAAGACGAGGUAUCAAGGUUGCGCAAUGAUGCAGAUAAAUAUGAAGUUAAACUGGAUAAGGACGCCUGCUUGAAAGUCUCUAGACAAAUGCUGAAAGUUCUUUUUUUCAGGACUAGAAAGAAAGGACUACUGGAAUACUUUGUUGAACAUGCCAAGGAAGCAUAUGAAGCCGAAUAG